UUGGGAAAUUGAAUUUCUGGCAACUCGCCGAAAUUGCUUGUUUUCUUGCUUACAAAUAAUUUAACAAAAAAUUAUUACAUAAAAAUGUCAAUUCCGUUUAGCGGGACUUUACGCCGUUCAGGCGGCAUUGUAUCGGCCAUCGGCAAACAACUAAAGAGUGUCAAUCUCAAAGGUGUUAAAAGGAUAACAGUACAGUUUGAUCCGUUUGCGGAAAAUGUUAAAUCCACAAGAGAAUUUCUGUUCCUGCUCUCCACACCAAAAGUUGCCCAAACGAAUCCCAAGUGUGUGGUCAAACCGGACAUUGUUUGCAAUCGUCAGCCCGCAUCCAUUAACUUUUCCCUAAUUGAGACGGCUCAAGAACAAGCCAAAGUCAAGGAGAUACGCUUCAAUAGCGAGAAUUUGAGCACACUCGAACUGCUUCAACUGUGCAAUAAGCACGUCUCCUCCCUGGCCCCACCUGAGGAGAUAACCAACAAGGUUCUAACCAAAGCAGAGAAACAAAAGCUCGUUGGCGGUGCAGGCGGCAAAAAGGGCGGCAGCAAGAAGAAAUAA